AUGUUGACCGCCCUCGAGAACAACAGCAGGGCGGUAGUACUGUAUAUUCGUACGUCCACAACGCCGCCUUGGUUCAAGCUCGCCAAGAAUAGGCGAUUCAAGGAAGAAUACUCCUCCAGGAUAAAGGAGGUGACGCUCUUAACCUUGGCCGACUUGGUUAUCCUGGUCGACGAUGAUCACUGGUGGGGGCAAUACAUGUUUGUUGUCAUUGACUCCAUGGCAGAACUGUACAGUGAUGCAUUGGACAACAUCAAAGACCUUGGCAAUGACGUUGUUACAAGGUACUACAAAUCAACGAGGCUCUUAUUCCACAAAUUACAGAAAAUCGCAUCUAACAAGUUCGUCUUCACGAUUGGGGGGAUGAAACUCUUCAACCAGCGUGUACACGUGCAGAGUGAGUCCGUAGAUAGUGAUAACAAUGACAAGGAGACCCCCACAGUGAAGUCGGCGAUCCAACAAAUCCUUGUACCCAUCAUAUCUUUAAAAUCGGAUUUGAACUUGUACUACACAAACAGACUCAUCAUAUACAGAGAUUGGGUGCAGGACAAUGAGUUUGGGCUGCAGUCAAAACUAACAGACUUCACAGAAUCAGUAGUAGCACUUAACAAAGGCCACAUGAAAUGUGUCCCUCAUUACCUCUAUAUUGACCCUGCUCCUAUAACACCCAGCCAUUCCUCCAAAUCAGGGUUCUUCUUGGUGGACGGCAAUGGCAAUCUCUUGGAUAUUGAUACAGAUGAUGCAGAAUUACAAUUGGGAGACGAUGGCAUGGAAGUCAUAAACUCGCAAGAGGACGACGAUAGUGAUGUUUGGGAUUGA